AAAAGGUGUACUCUAGCCUGAGCGAGGACAGAGAGGAGCAAAAAUACUUAGGGCCAGCACUGAAAAUCCAGAGACGGUGAGAGAGGACAGAGAGGGAGGGAAUGAGAGACAGACACCAAGAUUGAUCAAAGAGCAAAAGAUUUGAAAAGCAUCCAGCUCCAAGAUGCCAGCUCUAUGGCACUCCACGUUCUUCCUGGUGAUUGUGCUGCUUGCCAUCAGUAGGCCCAGCCUGGCAUCUCAGGCAGGUAAUGAUGACCUUCAGAUGGGCACAGAGCACAGGACUGACAAGGGCACAGAAAAUGAAACAACGAACCUUAUCACCACCCUGCCCAUCGUCACCUGGAACUGGCAUGAAAUUCAAUUCCCGUACCUGAUAGUAGUCUGGAUCCUGGUCAGCUGGCUCUGCAAACUCGUGUUCCAGCUGAUCCCCAGCCUGACCAGUGUGAUCCCGGAGAGCGGCCUCCUCAUUUGCAUCGGUUGGGGCCUGGGCGGCAUCAUCUACGGGGCAGACAAGGUGCAGUCCUUCAGGCUGCAGCCCUUCAUCUUCUUCUUCUACCUGCUGCCCCAGAUCGUCCUGGACUCGGGCUACUCCAUGCCCAACAAGCUGUUUUUCAGCAACUUGGGCUCCAUCCUGGUUUACGCAGUUAUUGGCACCUGCUGGAACGCUGCCACUUUGGGACUUGCCCUUUGGGGUUGCUGGUUGGGCGGGGCCAUGGGUGAUAUCGACACUGGUCUUCUGCAGUUGCUGUUGUUUGGGAGUCUGAUUGCUGCUGUGGACCCCGUGGCUGUGAUUGCUGUGUUUGAGGAGGUCCAUGUCAACGAGGUCCUGUACAUCCUGGUGUUUGGGGAGUCCCUUCUCAACGACGGCGUCACAGUGGUGCUGUUCAAUGUGUUUAAUGCAUUUGUGUCGCUUGGAGGGGCAAAAAUCGACGCUGUAGAGAUCAUCAAAGGCAUAAUCUCGUUCUUCGUGGUGGCGGUUGGAGGCUCCCUGGUUGGUGUCGUCUUUGCUCUGCUGAUCUCGCUCCUAACCAGAUGCACCAAGAACAUCCAGAUCAUCGAGCCAGGCUUCAUCUUCAUCCUGGGCUACCUCUCUUACCUCACAGCCGAGAUGCUCUCGCUAUCUCCUAUCCUGUCGUGUACGUUCUAUGGCGUCUGCUGUCAGAAGUAUAUCAAUGCCAACAUGGAUGAGAGGUCAGUCAGCACGGUACGAUACGCAAUGAAGGUGUUCGCAAAUGGCUCAGAGACCAUCAUCUUCGUCUUCCUCGGCAUCACGGCCAUAGAUCCGUCUAUAUGGGUGUGGAACACAGCCUUUAUCUUCCUCACACUCCUCUUCAUCUUUGUGUUCAGGUUAAUAGGGGUCUUUUUUCUCACCUGGAUUCUCAACCAAUACCGACUGGUUCCCUUGGAGUUUAUUGAUCAGGUAGUGAUGGGCUAUGGUGGCCUACGAGGGGCAGUAGCCUAUGGCCUGGUGGUCUCGCUGGAUGAGAAAAAGUACAAGGAGAAGAACAUGAUGAUCAGCACCACCCUCCUAGUGGUGUACUUCACUGUCAUGCUGCAGGGAAUAACCAUGAAACCACUGGUCAACUGGCUAAAAGUGAAGAGAGCUGCAGUGACAGAACGCACACUAGCUGAAAAAAUACAGAAUAGGACCUUUGACCACAUUCUUGUCGCCAUAGAGGAUAUUUCUGGACAAAUAGGACAUAAUUACAUGAGGGACAAGUGGAAUAACUUUGAGGAGAGGUGGUUGUACUGGCUCUUGAUGACGCCCUCUGCCAAGAAGUCUUGUGACCACAUAUUCAACAUCUUCCACAGACUCAACCUCAAGGAUGCCAUGAGCUAUGUGAAAGAGGGUGAACGCAGAGGCUCAUUGGCGUUCAUUCGGAAAGAAACCAAGAUUGAUGUGGAUUUCUAUAAGAAGUUUGGUGCCAACUUCUCAGAGAUGAUGCCUUACAUCAUGACAGAAAAUAUGGGAUCGGAUCAUGUUCCAGUCUCCUCCAUCUUAUGGAACAGUGUGCCCUCUGUCUGCCUGGACAUGCAUGAGCAGGACCUGACGAUGAGGGAGUCAGAGGACUUUAAUGCACACCAUCUACUGCAGCAGCACUUGUACAGAGGCAAGAAACAGCACAGACACAGGUGCAGUCGGAAGCACCUCGAAGUCAACAAGGACAAGAAUGAGGUGCAAGAGAUCUUCCAGAGAACCAUGAGGAGCCGUCUAGAGUCCUUCAAGUCAGCCAAAACAGGUGUCACUCCACCCAAGAAGAUAACCAAUCAUCUAAAGAAAGACCAGCCACAAAAGAUGCCACAUGGAAAAUCCACGGAUAACAGUAAAAGCCAUGCUUAUGGGGAUGAAGAUUUUGAGUUUUCUGAGGGAGACAGUACCUCUAGUUGCAAGGCUGCUGACGGUUCAUUCCCCAUGAGAGCCUGUAGAGGUGCUGGAAUCCUGAACCCAGCCUUCAAUGCAGAGAUGGACCCCAUGCCACCAAUGCAGCAGAUUCCGCCAUUGGCUGAAACCAAUGGCAGAUUGGCUGAAACCGAGGUGGACAGCAGCGCCGUGGUCCCUUCUCAGAGGGCUCAGCUGAGACUGCCCUGGACACCUAGAGUUAGAAGUUCAUCUAGGGGUCAUGAUUGA